AGAUGAGAAGUGAUUUCAUUUUUAAUGAAAUUGAUCCGAUUAUCACUAAGAUUGUGGAAGGCAUGAAUGUUACUUCUUGGAAAUGGUUAUGUGCAUAUUUUCCUGGCUCAUUUUGCUAGCUAUUCCAUUAACGAUUGGUGCCUACACCCAAAGAGACUGUAUUUCUUUUAAGUUGUAACUUUAUUGUUCUUGGUUGUGAGCUUGUACUAUAUAUGUAAGGGUUGAGAUUGUUAUGAUUAAUGAUACUCAUCAAGUGUUUGAAUUAAUUAAAAAGAAUACGAUAUAUUUGUUGUUGCUAUAAGAAUAUGGUUAUCAAUAUUUUUUUAUCUAUUUUUAGUAAACUUAGCCUAAAGAUCAAAUUACUAAUAUUUAGGGUUAGAGACGAAAAUCUAUAGCUCGAGAUAAAUUUAUAACUUGAUACUCGCACCUCAAAAUCCUUCUAUUCGAAGCUAAAAGAAAUAAUAUAAUUUUGAAUUAUUGGGUAGCGUAAAAGAAUUGGGGUGUGAGAAUUGGUAUAAAUAUGUAUGAGCGAUGAGAUACAUAUAUACAAGUGUGUGUGUGUGAGAGAGAGAGAUAGAGAGAGAGAUGGGAAAAAGCAAAGUGCUUAUCAUAGGGGGGACUGGUUAUCUGGGAAAGAGACUGGUGAAAGCAAGUUUGCGCGAAGGCCAUGAAACAUUCGUUCUGAGCAGACGCGAGAUUGGUGUGGACAUAGACAAAGUAGAGAUGCUGAUAUCCUUCAAAAUGCUAGGAGCACACCUCGUCCCCGCCUCCUUGGCCGACCACGCCAGCCUCGUCGACGCCGUCAAGCUCGUCGACGUCGUCAUUUGCGCUCUUUCCGGCGUCCACAUUCGGAGCAGCACCAUCAUGCUGCAGCUCAACCUUGUUCAAGCAAUCAAGGAAGCUGGAAAUGUCAAGAGGUUUGUGCCGUCGGAGUUCGGAACAGAUCCGGCGAGAAUGGAGAAUGCGACGGAACCGGGAAAAGUGCUGUUUGAGGAGAAAAUGAUGGUGAGGAAAGCCAUUGAAGAAGCUGGGAUUCCAUACACGUAUGUUUCUGCAAAUUGUUUCGCGGGCUAUUUUGUUGGAGGUCUUUGUCAAUUUGGGAAAAUCCUUCCUUCAAGAGACUCUGUACUCAUACAUGGAGAUGGCAAUAAAAAAGCAAUAUAUGUAGCUGAGGAUGACAUAGCAAGCUACACCAUAAAGACAAUCGAUGAUCCAAGAACGCUUAAUAAGACGUUGUAUAUUAAGCCUCCCAAAAACAUUCUUUCACAGAGGGAAGUUGUGCACAUGUGGGAGAAGCUCAUUGGAAAACAAUUACACAAGACUACAAUCUCCAAGGAAGACUUCUUAGCUUCCAUGAAAGAUCUUGAUUAUGGACAGCAAGUUGGAUUAGGGCAUUACCACGACGUAUUGUAUGAAGGAUGCCUUACGAAUUUCGAAAUAGGAAAUGAAGGAGAAGAAGCUUCUCAGCUCUAUCCCGACCUCCAUUAUACUACAGUGGAAGACUAUCUUAAACGUUAUGUUUAAUUUUAUUCUGAAAUACACUAACGUGUUACUUAUAUGCAAUAAAUUAUACUUGUAUUUUAUCUAAGAAUUAAUGAAGUCACCCUCAUCAAACAACCAAUGUGUUCAGUAAAGAAAACAAGUUUUAUUUUUUAUGACAAGGAAAAGUUCAUU